GGGAGAAGUGACAGUUAAGUAUUGCAAGAGCCUGUUGUUGGAUUUAGGAACUAAAACAAUCCUUCCUGGCGGAUGAAGACAAAAUGCAACCCUUCCUCAUUAGCAUGUUAAUUAGCAUCAUGAUGUAAGCAUAUCAUAAUAUAUACGUGGAACUUGAGGCAAGAUAAGUUAUCUAAUUUCUGUGGCAUGAUCAGAGACUUGCGCUCGAAUAAUGAAGAAAGAGGCCCAACUGGUUGAUUUCCCCUGAAGGAAAAUGACCAACGAAAACCAAACGUGUCUUGCGGGACAGGACACACUGCCCUACGUGACAUGUCUGCUCCGGAUCUUGGAGGAGUGGUUCGGAGUGGACCAUUUAGAGGAUUACCUGAGCUUUGUGAACUAUCUCUUGUGGGUUUUCACGCCGCUCAUACUUUUAGUGCUCCCUUACUUCACGAUCUUCCUGCUCUACCUUACUAUUAUUUUCUUGCACAUUUACAAGAGGAAGAAUGUCCUGAAAGAGGCUUACUCUCAUAACUUAUGGGACGGUGCCCGGAAGACGGUGGCGACGCUGUGGGAUGGCCAUGCAGCAGUGUGGCAUGGUUAUGAAGUUCAUGGGAUGGAAAAAAUACCUCAAGAAGGACCAGCACUUAUUAUUUUUUAUCAUGGAGCCAUUCCUAUAGAUUUUUAUUACUUCAUGGCUAAAAUUUUUAUUCAUAAAGGCAGAACUUGCCGGGUAGUAGCUGAUCAUUUUGUCUUCAAAAUUCCAGGGUUUAGUUUAUUGCUUGAUGUAUUUUGUGCUCUCCACGGACCAAGAGAAAAGUGUGUUGAGAUUCUGAGAAGCGGUCACUUGCUAGCUAUUUCGCCAGGUGGAGUCCGAGAGGCCCUGAUCAGCGAUGAGACCUACGGCAUCGUGUGGGGUAAUCGCAAAGGCUUCGCUCAGGUCGCGAUUGAUGCAAAAGUGCCUAUUAUUCCUAUGUUUACACAAAAUAUUCGAGAAGGCUUUAGAUCACUUGGAGGAACAAGGCUGUUCAGGUGGCUUUAUGAGAGAUUCCGCUAUCCCUUCGCUCCAAUGUAUGGAGGCUUUCCGGUGAAGUUACGCACUUACUUAGGGGACCCCAUUCCAUACGACCCUAAGGUGACUGCAGAAGAAUUAGCUGAAAAGACGAAAAAUGCUGUUCAAGCUUUAAUCGACAAGCACCAAAGGAUACCAGGAAACAUUAUGAGUGCACUGUUAGAACGUUUUCAUAGAAAACGAAAGGUCAAGUAGAAGAUGAUCUAAUUCAUUUCUUUAAUGAAUUU